CCCUCCCGCCACUUGUAAAGUGAAUCCCCCCCCCCGCAAUGCCUAAACGUAGGUUCCCGCCUGUUCGCAGUAACAAGCGGAAGAAGGAGCUCCCGGAAACUUCAGAGGAAUUCCUUGAUGCUGGUAUUGGAUUGGAGGAGUCUGGGGACCGGUGGAGGGCUGGGGAUAAAGCUAAGGCUGGGAGGUUCUACUUUAAGGCUAUAGAGAGUUACGAGGCGGCGUUGGAGAGGAAUUCGAGGUCUUUUGAUGCGACUUAUAAUAGGCAACUGGAUUCCAUUCAUCUAGUCACAAGAGGUUCACCCACUAACCUAGGCACUGCAGAGCGCAAGGCAGUGCAGAGCCAUCGGGAAUGCCUAGUUUUGGAUCCCGACAAUCAAGAUGCCUUAUUCAACACGGGGCAAGCACUUUGCAGCCUUGCUGAAGCCCUGGUCGAGUAUAAGAACACACCUAUCGAAGCGCGGUCUGAAGCUUGGAAAUUUUUGUGCGAAGCGGUGGAGAUAUUUCAGAAAUGCCUCCAGGUCCAAGAAUUCAAGCGCGCCUCAUUCGGCCCAAGGGACGGUAGCGGCGCCGGAGAUGGAGACACUGACAUGGAUGCCGAUGAGCCCCCGGGCGGAUCCGGGAACCCCAUUCCCAGCCAGGGGGGCCGGGAAGAUGAGCAGAUGAGUGAAGGGUCUGGAAGCGACAACGCGCAAUGGGUGAUCGUACAGACUCCCGUGACGUUGAGUCAAAUUUUAGACACGGCACUUGCUCAACUGGAGGCAUGUGCGUCAUUGCUGCCACUUUGCGCGGUAGAGAACCUUGGAGGAAAGUCGUUGUCCUGGGCACAAUCCAUGGGCGAAACCCUGUUGUCGUCAAAGAUAAUCCCACUAUCUCAAGAGACAGGGCGAGAGCAGGAAGUCGCACUUGCCAAAGCCAACUUUGAGGUGUCACUUGGAGAAGCUAGCUUUAGAGCAGGCUUGACCGACCUCACAGGGUGGGAAGCAGCGAUCCACCUAGCCUUUCCGAAUUCCGAAGGCACGACCCAAGGCUUUCAGGAACUAUGCGAUAGAGCCGACGCUCAUAUUCGACUUGCCUCUACCGCCGCAGAUAAGACGGAGGAAGAGGAGGAGGAGGCCGUGGCGUAUUUGGCUUGGAGACAUUACGCGUUUGCUGCCAAAAGCUUGUCCGCGGCAGCCAAGCUUGAGCCGGGCAAGUCCGAGAUUCACAUCGCGAGAGGGGACGUGGAAAUCUUAAGGGCCAAGUUGGGUGUCCCCGCUGCGGCGAAGAGCAGAGAUGUCUUGGUUAAGAAUGCGGGUGUUUACUACCGCGGGGCGAAGAGGCUUGAAGGCGAUGUGAGGGUUAGAAUCGAGGCCGCAGUUAAAGAGGCCAUGGUGACGUUCGAGAGCGGGGAUGAAGGUGAGCUGUUGAAGGGGGUUGAAAUGGGACCCAUCGUCAAAGAAGUUGUGGUGGAGGCGGUGGACGAGGGCUUGUUCGACGCAGAGUGGUUGACGAGAGUUAGCUUGGGGUGAGAUGUGGUGCUUUAUUCGUCCGUUCCUCCGUGCGUACCGUAUGAUACCAGUAAAAGUUAUGAUCUUGAGGGUGUUCACGAUAAUUUGGGAGUUCUUGAAGUACGGGUAUGGAAUGGUGGUUUGGUACACUCGAUCUUCAGCUGCAACAUGAUGGUUUGAUGUGCC